AUGGAUGACGAAAUCUUAGCUCCACAUAUUUCAAAAUCAUCUAAUCGAAAAAUAAUUGCAUUAGAAAAAACACUACAACAAUCUAUCAUAAACUUCAAAGAUCUUGUUUUAGAAUUUGAAAACAUUUAUAUAGAAUCAGAAUGCUAUAAAAGUCAAAUUUUGGAGCAAAAACAAAAGUGCGAAAACAAAACUUGUACCAGUUCCGAGGCAUUUAAACAGACGAUUGCUAAAAAGGAUAACAUAAUUCAGUCUAUAGGAGCUAUAUUAAUGAAAUUAAAUGAGACAAAGAAUUUUUCCAUUGUAAGUGAUGCUCUUCAGAUUAUUUCUGGAGACCAGUUACUAUUGACACCGCCAACUUCCAAUGAUAUGCCUAAAAAGGAAUCUCCUAACUAUCUCAAAGGUGAUCAAGAAAAUUUGCUUGCUAAUUUUAGCCAUAGAGAUACUUCAGUGUCAGAAAUUGAAUGUACUCCCUCCGGUAGAAAGAGUCCAAUUAUUUAUAGCAAAAAACUAAAAAAUUCUGCUGUAACUACAGAAAGUUGUAUGUUACAAGAAAAAAAGAAACUUCCAGAUUCUUGGCCAUCGCCAGAGAGUAAGAUAGUAAAGCUGAUUUUUCCACCAUCUAAAUGCAAGUCCAGUGGGAGACUGAGACAGAGUCGUCUGAAUCUCGUUAAGGUCAAAACUACAACUGUUGUGGAUCUGACGAGUUCACCUGAAGUGCUGGGAGGAUUUGAAAAUUUCACAUGUAAUAGUAACUUGCAGAACAUAAAAAAGGAAUUUACUGAAAAUGAAGACAUGAUUCUACCAUCGCCUACUAGUGGACCCAUAAAUUUAUCGGCAGCAUUCAAGAAAGGUCUAAAGGACAGUCCGAGCAAGUUAGGAAAUUCUUCAUCUGCGCACAAAUUUAAGAGCAAAACUGAAAGUAAAUGUGUCAAAAAUGAAAAUAAUAAUUCCGUCAAAGAGGAUAUAGAGGUUAUUGAGGUUAAGGAUAGUGUUAAUGUUUUGAAAGAAUAUAACAGGUGUAAAAACAGCCCUAGUAAACUCAAGAAGCCAUUGUCGAUGAAUAAAUUGAAAACUGAAAUUAGUAGUACAUUUGUCGAUGAAAACAAUGAAAAUGUACCCCACGGGAAGAAUGAAGCUAAAGAUAUUGAGGAAUCUAUGGAUAUUUUAUUGCAUUUCCCAAACAGAUUACCUAGCAGUCCAACCAAGCAAGAGCACAGUACUCCUGUAAAAUCGAAGAUCCAAAACAGCGAAGAUGUAAAUGAGAGCAUGUCGUUACUGCAGAGGAUAAAUAAAUUCGAUAAACUCCAACCAGAAGAGAAAACCGACCCGUGCAGCCCAAGCAAACGACCACUAUUGGAGAACAUCAUGCCGUCACAAUCUCAGUCUAGUAUGUCGGUGUUGCAGACAAAUUUCAACGCCAAAGUAACAACCUCAUGCGAAAAUGUCAAAAGAACUAAACCGGAUGUGAUAGAUCCAAUCUUUAAAGAACCCACUGUAAGGAAAAAGUCGGAGAAACAAGCUUUACCGGGCUGGAGUUGUGAUCAAUGUGAACAGUUCUACGCCGAGCUGUACAAGGAUGAUCCAGAGAUGCUGCGCCAGAAGAUGGACGAGUGUUCGCGCCACCGCGGCCGACGCGACCCGGCGCGCGCGCGCACGCCGCCCGGCUUCUGGCAGCCGCGCUGGCACGUGCCCGUGGACACCGACGAAUUCAACCGACUCAACGACGCUCUAUGA